AUGGAUUCUAUGGAUGACUACAAAAUGAGUGGUGUUGACAGUGGUGCUGAUUAUGACUGCGACGCUUUGAUGAGAAACGUGGAAGAAGAAAUGAGGGUGGGAGAAGGGAGUGAGGAGGAGGAGGAAGAAGAAGAGAUAACGAUCGAGGAACUGGAGACAAGGAUGUGGAGAGAUCGCAUGAUGUUGAGGAAGCUUAAGGAAAAGAAGAGGGAGAAGGAGAAAGGAGAAACGUUGGAGAUGAUGAAGAAGAAAGCGUUGAGUCGUGCACAAGACACAGUGCUGAAGAACAUGCUGAAGAUGAUGGAGGUUUGUGGCGUUCGUGGGUUCGUUUAUGGCAUCGUUCCUGAGAAGGGGAAGCCAAUGAGUGGAGCUUCUGAUAAUCUGAGAGGUUGGUGGAAGGACAGGGUCAAGUUUGAUCGUAAUGGUCCUGCUGCUAUGCUCAGUGUUCAAGAAUCACAUCACAUAUUUGAUGAUCCUGUCGCCAGGUACGAUGAAGAAAUUGGGUUUGAAGACAUGAUUGGUGAUGCAUUCAAUGGGGAGCCAUCAACAGCAUACAGGAUGAGUGAUCUCCCAGACACAACUCUUGGGUCACUCUUGUCAUCUCUGAUGCAGAACUGUGAGCCUCCCCAGAGGAGGUACCCUUUGGACAAGGGUAUUGCCCCUCCCUGGUGGCCCACUGGGCAGGAGUGGUGGUGGGCUGAGAUGGGCUUUACAGUGGACCCAGGCCCUCCUCCCUACAAGAAGCCCCAUGACCUGAAGAAGGUGUGGAAGAUGUGUGUGCUCACUGCAGUCAUCAAGCACAUGUCCCCUGACAUAGCAAAGAUCAGCAACAUUGUGCGUCAGUCUAGGACCCUUCAGGACAAGCUCACUGCUAAAGAAACUGCCAUUUGGAGUGGUAUUGUGAAGCGUGAGGAGUCCCUUGCUAGAAGAUUGUACCCUUACUUGUUCCAAACUCCCCCACCAACUAUUGGUUAUGAUAAUGUUGGAAAUUUUCUUGGGGUGGAAAAUGGUAACUACCCACCACCAACCACUAAUAUUGCUUAUAAUAAUAACAUUCCUCUUGCAAAUGGUGAUAGAACUUUCCUUGGGGGGCAACAAAGUGACCUUAGUGCUGCAAGAAAUUUUCCUGGGGGGCAGAAUAACAUACCACAAGCCACCAAUGUUGCUAAUGGUGGUUCUUGGAGCUUUCUUGGCGGCCAGAAUAACCAAUCAACUGAUGCUACUAGAAUUCUUCUCGGGAGCCAAAGUAAAUCUCCACCAACCACCAAUGUUGCUAAUGGUGGAGCUAGAGAUUUCUUUGUGGGGCAGUUCGAUCCACCAACACCAACAAGCAAUUUGGUUGAUGGUGGACUCAGAGAUUUUCUGGCGGGCCAAUAUAACUCACCACCACCACCAAGCAAUGUUGCUAUUGGUAAUAGCAAUAAUGAUAAUAUGGUUACAAUGAUGAACAAUGGCAUUGUUAUGCCACUAGAUCAUGCUUCUGAGAAGAGAAAGGCUGGGGCUGUUCAAGGUAUUACAUUUCCUCAUGAGGACUAUUCCUGUCAUAGCAUAGAGUGCCCUUAUCACGAGACUGGCCUUGGGUUCAGUGACAGGAAUAUGAGGAACAAUCAUCAGCUGACAUGUCAACACAGAAACAACAAUCCUGUGCAAGUGGUUGGGGUUGGAGGGUUAGUGCCUUCUCAGCUUGGCAAUCCUAAUGUAAAUCUGCCCCUUGGUCAAUCUACCAACAUUGCUCAACCAGUUAUGAAUCAAAAUCAAACUUUCACUGCUGGUCAACCUAGGCACACUCCAGCACCAGCUCUGAAUCAAAAUCAGAUUCUUGGUAUUAUCAGUGACAACGCUGGAGAAAUGGGGUCUGGCGUGAUGCACAACAUCAAUGUGCAGCAGAAGCAACCCACAGGUGUUGGCAGCAGCAUGAAUGUUCCUCCACUUGCAGGCCAAAACCAGCAGGUGCAUACUGUUCAGACUCGAGUGAACAAUAAUAGUUCUUUGAUGGAAGGGUUUGUGAACAAUAAUAAUUUCUUUGAUGGAAGGAUUUGUUUGGACAAGGAUAUCUUUGGCAACAACAUGUCUGUUCCUUCUAUGGCAAGCAAAAACCAGCAGCAGCUGCAAAAUGUUGGAGGUGACAGUGGAUUUAGUUUGAAUGCUGAAGUGUCCAAUAUUUCCCCAGGGCAUGGCAAUUUGUCAAAAUCAAUAUUAGAUUCUCCCUUUGAAUGGGAAGCAAACAAUUCCCAACCUGACUUUUUGGACUCUCCUUUGUUGACAACACCAGACCCGGAACUCCUUUGGCCAUACAGUUAG